AUCCACCUGUUCACAUCUCUCAGGCACCGAGAGGGACCACAUUUAUCCACAUUUACUCCUCUGGCCGAUUCAUCUACCUGGGACUUUAAGGAAAGAGCAAGUGCAAAGUAAGGGAGGAACAUGGAGCCUCUUCCACUUCUCUCACUGUUCCUAAUGGCAGUUGUCCAUUUAGAGCCGAGCAGAUCUCAGGAGGGGGUUCAGAGCCGCAUUGCUGGGGGAGAGAACGCGACUCCAGGAAAGUUCCCGUGGCAGGUCAGCCUGAGAUACAAUGGUCGGCACGUGUGUGGUGCAUCUCUCAUCAGCUCAAACUAUAUCCUCACAGCAGCUCACUGCUUCCCCUCAGACCACUUAAUGAGUGAUUACAAGGUGUACCUGGGGGUCCUUCAACUGGAAGUCCCUACCUUAGACUCCCAAUUAUUAAGCCUGAAGGAAAUAAUAAUCCACCCUUCCUACUCGCAUGACACUUCCACUGGUGAUGUGGCACUCGCUGCCCUGGAUCCCCCCGCAACCUUCUCCAACGUAGUCCAACCCAUUCCGCUCCCUGAUGAGAAUGUUCAGUUCCCUAUUGGAAUGAACUGUCAAGUCACCGGUUGGGGCAAUAUCCAACAAGGAGUAAGUCUCCCAGGAUCAAAGACGCUGCAGGUUGGAAAUGUGAAAAUUAUCAGCAGACAGACCUGCAAUUGUCUCUAUCACAUUAAUCCUUCAUCAGACUCACUGGGUUCUGUCCAACAAGACAUGAUCUGUGCGGGGUCGGCAGCAGGGAGUGUGGACGCUUGUCAGGGGGAUUCCGGGGGGCCUCUCACCUGUACAGUGAAUAAUCAGCCCUACCUGGCGGCGGUGGUUAGUUGGGGAGAUGAAUGUGGAGCACCAAACAGGCCUGGAGUCUAUAUCCUAAUCUCUCUGUAUAGCAGUUGGAUCAGGAGCAUUGACCCCAGUGCAACAGUCCAGUACUUCACAGUGGACAUUCCGUCCGACCCACAGAACAACAGCGGCUGCGUUGGUGCCGACGGACAGUUUUAUCCCAACCCUAAUGGAGCCUCCAUCUUUCUCGUGACCUUUGCUGCGCUGCCUUUCUAUUGGUUAACGACCUAUAUCCUGAGCGACUUCUAAAGACUGGGGCAUAAGCCACAUGGACCUAUGGGAAGGCCUCGGCCUGUCGUUAUAUUGGGGCACAGCCCAGACUGAAGGUGCUGGAUAUGUCCCAUUUUAUGUUUCUCUAUAUCACAACACAGAUUUACUGUUUGAUCAACAGCCAAUAAAAUCUCCAUA